CCCCUGUUUCUGUUGUAGCAUUAUUAAGUUCUUCUCUCCACUUUCCAGCCAAACUUAACAAUUAACUGAACAAAAUUAAGUGACUUAUCCAUCGAUACGGGACGUAAUCUCGAGUCGCAGCCUUAAUAGCCUAUUAACCAGCAGUAGGGAAGCUCAUUAUAAUAUCCUAAAGAGGAGUUCUCUUCACCACCUUGCGAGCACCAGUCAGGGAUCUCCGCCCCAGUCAUCUUGGGCUACAGCUCGGAGGCCGGAUGCGCCGCCAUGCCGACUCUAUCAGCGAAUGGAAUAAUUUAUUCACCAACCUGCCCGACACUGGCCGACUAGGAGUUGACUGAACAAGUCGACAAGGCAGUUUGAGAGGGCAGAGGAGCCGUUACCGUGCUACACACAGCAGCGCGGAGAGUCGGCGCCGUGAACAGUUGCGUGUCGGCGCUGCUAACCGCCGCCGUAGGAACACUUGUGAGCUGCUAGCUGCGCGCUAGCGUUAGCUCGAGUCGGGAGAGUGCGGGGUAGUGACAGUCCGGCCGGAGGCGGGGAGAGCUGCGAGACCAAGACACACUUCCAUGUCUUCAUCAGCUCUGGAAAUCAAAAAAGAUGUCUGUUGAAGAGGAAUCUGCAAAAACUGGCAGUCCACGGGCCAGCUCAACUUCAUCUCUGCAGCUCUCAGAUUGCACUGGAGGUUACGGCAGUCUGUCUGUGAUGAUGGAGGGAACUGCAGCCACCCCUGACUUUGCAGCUGCUUGUCCUGUCCCAGGCACUGCAGCCUCACCAAAACACACCAGCACGACCGACGCGCUCACCCUCCAUGACAGUGCUGGACAGAGAGCCAGAGGGCACGAGAAUAGCAUCAAUCGAAGAAACAGCUUUCAUCAUUCCAAACAACAGCAACAAACAAAGCUAACAAAGCGGCGCAACACGGCAAACUCUAGUUUCAAGCAUCCGACCUCUGGCAAGAGGAGACGAAGGGCCAACUCUGAGAGUGACUCCGUCCUGCCCACCAACUUCCUCUUGGGUGGCAACAUAUUUGACCCACUGAAUCUCAACAGUCUGCUGGAUGAGGACGUCAACAGAGCCCUGAAUGCAGAGACACCCAAAUCUUCCCCUCUGCCAGCGAAGAGUCGAGACCCUGUGGAGAUACUCAUCCCCAGAGACAUCACAGAUCCGCUGAACCUCAACAGUGGGAUCGCAGACAGCAGCUUUUUGGUGUCCCCCUACAAGAGUGGUGGAAGGAAAAGACACCGCAACAGACAUCAUGGUGGAGGAGGAGGAGGAGGUGGUGGUGGUGGUAGUGGGAUUUCAACACAGCUUAGCCUCUCAGAAUCAGGAAAAAGUGAGGCAAAAACUGGCACCUCCACACUGCCUUCAGGCAUGUUAGCCUCAUGUUCUGCACUAGAUGUCUCCAAAGAGUCCAACAGUUUCUCCAGUGUCACAGAGGAUUCCCAUGAGCACACAGCUGACAACUCAGCCAGCUGCAAGGACGAGAUGACAUCUGUAUCGAUGGAGGAUUCCACGUCUUCCCUGUCAGGGGGACCUAACCAGCACACAAGCAGGCGCAAGCGAAGGCGCAACUCAGGCAAAAUUGAGCCUCCUGUGACCCAUUCUACUCCCAUUGCAAAGUCAGGAUCUGGAGACAGGAGUUGUGGUGCAGGGGGCACAAAAAAUUCAUUUCACACACCAAGGAGUGGUUCCAAAUCAGGUAUGGGAUUUCGCCAGCACCAGCAGCCGUACAACCAGGCGAAGGAACCGCAGAAGAAGUUCCAGUAUGGGAACUACAACAAGUAUUAUGGCUACCGCAACCCAGGCAGCAGUGAAGACCCACGUAUACGUGUGCUUCGUCCAGAGUGGUUUGAAGGUAAAGAUGUAUUGGACUUGGGAUGCAACUCAGGCCACCUCACACUCUAUAUUGCCAAAAUGCUAAGACCUGCCCGCAUACUGGGCCUAGAUAUUGACAGUGGUCUGGUACAUGCAGCUCGUAAGAACAUCAGACAUUAUCUGUCUGAGCUGCAGACCCAAGAGGCCAGACGUGCAAUGCAGGGGAAAAAGACAACUAAACAGGAGGAGAGGAAUGGAAAUGAGAGUCACACAGGCACAGAAAAGAAGCACAAUGAAGCCGAGAGCAGGGAUGAAAAUGGGAAACCGGUGAAAGGAGAAAGUGGCCCUGCGGAGGCUGUAAAUGACAAUGACUCCUGUCACACAGAUGAGACAGGGACCCAGAGGCAGGACAGCAAAACAGAGAAAAUAGUGAAAGAAGAUUGUGAUUCACCCCCUGCUGAUCACUCUGUGAGCUGCUCUUUCCCUGUGUCCCUACGGAUCUCCAGGGGGCCCAUCGCUGCACCUCCACUAACAGAAACAUCCACCACGCAGCCUGGGGAGUUCCCCUCAAAUGUGUCUUUCAUCAAGGCCAAUUACGUACUGGAGAACGAUAAUCUUCUUGUGACUCAGCGGGCAGAGUACGAUGUGAUCCUGUGCCUGAGCGUUACCAAAUGGGUUCACCUGAACUGGGGAGACAGUGGCCUCAAGCGGCUUUUCAAGAGAGUCUAUAGACAUCUCCGUCCCGGAGGCAUGUUCAUCCUGGAGCCGCAGCCCUGGGAAUCCUACGUGAGGAGAAAGAAGCUGACUGAUAACAUUAGCAGGAAUUAUCACAGCAUCCGCCUCAAACCUGACCAGUUCUCAUCAUAUCUUACAUCUGAGGUGGGCUUCACCAGUUUUGAGUCCCUCGGGGCCCCCAAGUGUUCAGUAAGAGGUUUUCAGAGGCCAAUCUAUGUAUUUCACAAAUGACCGCCCCUGCCUUGAACAUCAUUGAAUGUGAGUAGCCUAAGCCUCCACCAUACAUUCAAGCCAGCCAGCUGCACUGGACUGCAAGGAAUCAUCCGAAUCCUUAACAGUUACUCCAGCUUUCAAUGCUGAAGAGGAAAAUGAGAAAGGAAAAUGGGACCAAAAGUGGAAUUAAUUUUGUAAAGAUGAGAUCUGUCGAGACGAGGUACCUAUCAGGCACCUCUGUGACUGCAAAUUCUCAAAAAGGUAUGGAGUGUACUCGGAUACAACUCCGCAAUGUUUAACCUGGAGCCAGAAAUCCUAGUUUGGCCAGACUGUGGGAGAGGUGCUCAUCUGAUCCUUUCCUCGGACUAUCCUACUGCUAACGAUGCCAGUUUGAUGCACGGCCAUAACUUGUGUUUGAAGAUCUUUGGCCAUAUAUCUUUACUUUCAUAAUGUUGUUCUGUGCCACCACAUCACCGUACGUUACACAUGUUAGGGUUGGGCGAUCGGGCAGACUUAUCCAACUGGUCACCAUUACCAGUUUAACAGGCGAUAGAUGUUAGAAUCAUCAACUGUUUGUUGCAUCUGCAAAGCUACAGUAUACCACUGGAUUACAAAGCCAUGAAAGUGAUAUUAACAUGAAACCUUAUGAAAAGCCACACUGAAGCGCAGGUAAUGUUUGAUGCUGUGCAGGACACUGUGCAGGCUAUUGGUUAAUUAAGCCCCAUACUGGCAGGUUCACUGCAAGUACUGAUGGCAUAGAAAUGCACCUUAAUGCUUAAAUAUUUGCAUAAUGCUUGAAGCCUUUAAUGCUGUUGCAGCAGGCGUAUAAAUGCACACAUUUUGGUGAGUUUGAAACAGCUGAACAAAGUCGAUCAGCCAUGGAGUCAGUGUAACACUAAUAGCUGAUGUAUUUGUCCCAUUUUCCAACCCUAAUGUGUAGCUUGUUUUCGUUUAUUAUUUUGCAAAAUAUGCCUGCGAGCUGAAUUAACUUCAGUCUGUUACAGAGCUGUCAAAAUGUGUAACAAUACAUUUUGAAAUGGACAUUAUGAAAAGCUCCUAAACUGCACAAAGACCUUAAGAAGUGACAACUGGCUUGUCUCAGUGUGAAAGACGGUGAUGCACAAUGAAAAAAAAAAAUCACUCAACAGCCAAAAACGGCAAACAUUCAGUUAAAUAGUGACUGCUUACUCAGUAACAGAUAAAACACUUUUGAAGGUCUGUUGUGUUUUUUAGUCGGUCAGAACCUUAAAGUCGUCAAGCAGUAGAUUCUGUCAUCACAACACAGAGACAGGAUUUAGUGCGUACAUGGUACCUAGAACCAUUUUACAUUUUUAAGAGUUUGAGCUAUUUGGAGUGGGAGCUCUCUCCAAAAAGUCACUUAAAACGUUCUUAAAGAUGCUUUUUUUAAACGCUCCAUCUUAACGUUGGGGGCACAUUUGAGCUGCGAUGGCGUCCACUGGUGGCUCAGCUCCAGAUAAUUCAGCACAGCGACCACAAGGACUAUUUUGCAAAGUAGAUCUGUAGCAUGCAGUGAUCUGUGUUUUACAGUUAAGCCAUAACCCUCCCUUAUGUGUUGUUUAUAAUGUCCUUCAUGAGGUGCCGACUGAGAAUACGACGGAGCAUGAAAUCUGAGUCAGAGACCGAUUGUUAGAGUCGAUGCAGCGUCUUCAGAGCUGCAUAAAUCGGACACAUGCACUACUAGUCUGGACAGGCACGGAUUCAAACAGCAUCAGAGUCAUUCGCGAGGUUUUUUCCAAGUUAGACUCCAGAGUCUAAAGAAAAAUUUACAUUUUGUAAAAGAUUGAUGAUUUUUUGUUUUUUUUGUUAACCAGAUUUGAAUAUGAAAAUGCUGUUUGUAUUGAAGCUCUGCCGGAAUAUUUUAUGGGUCUCUGACAAGUUAUGCCAUCACUGUCUCAGUCUUUGACCUAAUGUGGGCAGUUAUGAGUUACAGGUAGUCAGUCUGUGAUUAUAUCUUUACUGUUUUGCACUGAGUACCACUCAUCUACAACCUUUCAUUCUAAGUGGCUUGGACAAAGAAGUCUUUUUUUUUUUUUUGACUGGUUCAAUUUUACCAUUUGGCAUCUGAGGGCAAGAGAAGAUGGAUGAAAUAUGUUCUAUUUUAGUAAGUGAUCAAUGUAAAUAAGUUUGCAAAUUUUGUUUUUGUCAUUUUAAGUUCCUCACUGCUUUUGUCAUUUUCCAGUGUUUUUUUUUCUUUCUCUUUUCUUUUUGUCUUGUUUUUCAAAUGUUUGCUGCCAAUUUACCAGUUAGUCGCGGGUCAUUUUGUCCUAAGACAAACUGGUAAUCCAGCUUUGUGAUGACACAUGAAUAUGUACAUUGGAAAGAAGUUCUAAUGUUUUUUUUGCUUUGUUCUGUCCUGGCAGGCACAUGGAUUGUUAGUUUAGUGCUUUAUUUUCUUUCCUUUUUUGUUUUUUUUAUAAAUUGUUUGAAAGGAGUGUUGGUGUCAGUGCACUCUCAUUUCACUUCAUUUGACAUGUUGUAGACAUUUUAAAAUUCUUUAGAACAGAAACAUUUUACUUUUUUUUUCUCCAUCAUUUUUUUUAACAACUUGUGAAACAGUGAUUAAGCUAUAAAAUAAAGCUACAGGUUAUAUUUUGAAAUAAACGUGAAUUGGCCUCGAGCUCAGUUGGCCCGUCAGAUACAGGGCACCAAAUCGUACCUUUCUCCUAAGCUAAGACAAUCGGAUUCUCAGGCUUAGAUCAGCCGACUGCUGUAAUUUUAAGGGCAUUUUGUUAUUUUUUUUUUCAUUAACAAAUGUUUUCCUUCUUGCAGGUCAUAUAAUCAACAUUUUCUUUGAAAAGAAAAACAAUUGUUUAACGCUAAUUUGUGCUUUGCCACCAAUGUUAAAGAUUGCACCUUACUGUCUCAGCAGCGGUAUCUUACAGAUUUUAACCCGUUACGCCUGACUUGUAAGUCCAGGCGUCCAAGCUAAAGCAUGUCUUUGCUGGAGAUGUGAAAUUACAUGUUGUCAUAUGCAGUGCUGUGGAAGCUUUUGUACUCCCCUUGAGGUUUCGCGCUAGUUGUGUGUUGUCAGUGUAAUAUGAAGUUAACUUACAUGAAAAAUGGGUGUAAGACAAAUAAUAACCUUGAUUUUGACAGGGUUUAAUGUCAUAAGGAUGACUGUUUCAAAAGGCAAGAUGCUCAGAUCUCGUAUUCAGGUUACAGUUGUAUGUAAAUAGCAUACAAGUUCAUGAAAUGCUUCCUUUAUGCCAGCAAAAAUUGGCAUCCUCUUACUGGAAUCAAUUUUAAAAUGUAGAAAACCUGAGUGUAGUUUUGAAUGUGGAAGCUGCAGGAUCCAGAUUUUCAUGCAAAGUAAAUACAAGAUGACCUGCAGUAAAAUAACAAUCAGUUGUUGUUGUUUUUUUUUAAAUAUUUAAAAACUAUAUAUUAAUCAAUUAUUGUUUUGUACUUGGAGACAAUUGCUCUGGCUUCAAGUAGUAAAGUCCAUUGAUCAUCUCGAUUUUCGCUGGGACGAAGAGAUGCUCUAAGGUUUAUUUAUCAAACUCAUGCAGAUGAUCCUGCUUUGUGCAACACACCUGGAGAAGCCACAAAAACAAGCAUUCAACACUACACUCACAUUUUUCUCAUUUGUACUCCUACCAUACCUGAUAGUCUUUGCAGUACAAUUUUAAGGUAAAUAACAUUUACAUCUUGUAGCUACAACCUGAUUAUAAGAUUUGAGCAGAGAUUAAUUGUCAGAAAUGCAAUAAAGCUUCAACAAAACAGCAGCUACAGUUCACACUGCAUUUCUGCUUCUCAUCUGUCAGACCUCAUGCGACACAGAACUGCGUAUAGUUACACUAAAACUGUAUCUUAGCAGGAAAAACUGUGCCAAUGCCUUUGGAGCACAACAAACGCAUAAACCCAAGGGGUGUACGACUGUUAGCAGCACUAAAAUUCACCUCUUCGUGUUGAAUUUGCACUGAUAUGAAACAUGGGGGAUUAAACUAGUUUAGUACAUUUUUGCAGUUGAAGUUGAUGUUUUUCAUGUACCUUAACUUUCCUAGAGUCAGGUUUCUGGAAGAAGAAGAAGAAGAAAAAAACUGUUUAAUAACCCUGCCCAGCUCACUUGUCAGGGAAGCUUUUUAAUUUUCAUGCCUCUGAACAACAAGAUUAUCUGAAUGUUUCUCUGUGUUUAACAUUUUCAUUGAUUAAAACUGGUUCCAGA